AUGUCUGAAGAGACAGGAAUGUACGGCGAGUUCGGCCAGGCGCUGGAGCCGGUGGGCAGCGGGAGCAAGCGCAAGCGUACGAUGGAAUGGGCCAUGGAGGUGCCUGAGGCCGAUGUGCGUCUACUCGUCGAGUCGCAGUCGAGUCCCGACGAGAGACAGCACGACCAUGAUCAUGACCAGGAUUACGACCACGACCACGACCACGACCACCAUGACAGCCACACACCCAAGCGUAGCCGCCCAUCGCCAUCACCCAAGCAGCAGCAGCAGCAGCCUCGCAGCAUCCGCCGCAAAGACGCCCGCUACGGCCUUUCGUCGCUGAACAAGCGCCAGGCUGAGCCCGCCGACGUGCGCAGCGUCGACAACACACGUCCCUCCCGCUUCCAAGAAGGCAGCAUGUCAGACAAGCCCAGCGCCCAGCCGCCCAGUGUCUUUACUCGCGACCACUCGAUCCACGCCCUCUCCGGUCUGGCCAAUGUCGACGAUCUGAUGACCCAAUAUCACCAAGAGAACUCGACUCCGGCAGUCUACCACUCCCUCAGACCUGCCGCCAACCAUCCUCUCCAGCACGACUCGGUCGACUCUGGCCCAGCUCCACCUUUCAGUGCCCCUACCUUCGACUCGAUUGCUCCCUCGACAACCCCAUCUGUCAAGCCCGGCGGCGGUCUCUUCCGUUUUGGCAAGAUGUUUGCAUCAACCUUCAACCCGGCAAACGUAUGGGAGUCCUUCUCACGCACCUGGAAAGAGUCCAAGGAAGAUCUUACUGUUAGAAACAUUGAAGAGAACCGCAAGCGUGCUCAGGACGACAAGGCCAUGUAUGAACAGGCAUAUCAGGAACUUAAGAAGUCCGGCCAGUUCAACUUCACCGUUGUGCCCAACAAGGCUCUGACCUCGCCUCGCCUCGGUGGAAACAGCCAUUUCGACUCACCCGUACGCCAGCCUCUGACUUCUCCCCGUCAUGCUGCCGCCUAUGCUCAUCUACGCCCUGAUGCCGACUUCCCCUAUCCGCGUGAUACCUCUCUUGAUUCGGCCACCGAUUCUGCUGCACCACCACAGUUGGCUGCUCUGUUCAACCGAGACAGCGACCCGCCCACAGAGCCAAAGUCACCUCAACAUCUGUCUCCCGAGAAGCCUUUGAACAAACGCAAGUCAUUCUUCACCUUGCGUGGUGCUUCUCUUCGUGCACCUUCCUUGAGCUCUCUCAGGCGUGGUCGCUCCCAUGUCAAUUUGAGUGAGACUAUUGUACGCUCCUCAGAGGACAACGCCAACAGGACUCCGUCUAUGUCACCUGAGAAGCCUGUCCCUCACAAUCACCUCACCCUCCAAUCGCUGCCUCGCACUCAGUCCAAGAAGGAGCUCAAUCGAGCAGUGAAGCUGAACAAGCGUGUCAGUGAUCUCGAGGCCAAACUUGCCGACGCUCGUCGUGAGUUGAACAACGCCAUCACCAACGCCUCUCCUCUUCCACCCCUUCCGUCACGCUUCGAGAAGUUCACUCCUACCUCCAAAUCCAAAUUCACUAGGGCUAGAUUUGGUUUGAGUGGUAGCAAGUUACCUUCUCUUCCUUCGGAAAGCCUGAUUCAAGCAGAGUCUCUCGCUGAAGCCCAGAACACUCCUUCGCUCGUCAGACCGAAGCCGACUCACUCUCAGUCCUUUGACUUGACUCACCUUCGAAGCCCUGCGCAACAAAGAGAGUCUGUCAUUGUGCUCGAUACUCCUCGCUCGGAGAUCCAGUCCUUCUUGCCUGUCGAUUACGACGAUCAAGCUCCAAUGGAUCCAGCCGCUCUUGCCUCGUCCGAGAUUGCGGACCAAAGUGAAGCUGAGAAUCGCCCUAGCUUGGAUGACAAGCUCAGAGCCAUAGAUGCUAGCAUCAAGUCCAGAAUCAAGAAAACCCCUACCAAGAAGCGCAAGAGUGCUUCCAAGGAUGACGAUACUUACAAGCCUCCAGCACACGAAGAGGAAGACGAACUAGAGUACAUCAAGGAGAAACCAAAGAAGAAGCCAGGACAGCAGUAA